AUGCUACGUAGUGCAUUAAACUUCCUCGUUUCGUCCUCUGACAAAUCUGACAAUGAAUUCGUCGGCCAGACGGUGGUCAUCGGAUCUCAUCGCAUUCAGAUCCAUAGGGUCAUAGCCGAAGGUGGCUUCGCGUUCGUCUACGAGGCGGCUGAACACGGCGAACGAUACGCCCUCAAAAGACUCAUCGCUGCUGACCGAGAGGCAGCCAAAUCGAUUCAACAAGAAAUUGCAACUCAUAGAAAACUAUCAGGACACCCGAAUAUUGUUAGAUUUGUGCAGGGCGCUUGUCAUGACAUUGGCACGGGUAGGCGAGAAUUCCUGCUGUUGAUGGAGCUGUGCUCUGUCGGGCCAUUGGUGGAGAUUCUGAAGAAUCGUGCUGAUCCGCUGGAUUUUGGCGAAGUUCUGCGGAUUUUUCAUCAGACCUGCAAAGCUGUUCAACACAUGCAUUCUCAGAGGCCGCCGCUAAUUCAUCGAGAUUUGAAAGUUGAAAACUUGCUAAUCAGCGAACCGGGUAUCGUGAAGCUUUGCGACUUUGGAAGCGCUACGUCUAAGUGUUACAGUCCAAAUUCCACCUGGUCUUCAAAAGACAGGUGUAUUGUUGAAGAACAGAUGUGUCACUGUACUACUCCAAUGUACCGGGCGCCGGAGAUGCUCGACUUGUAUCAGAAUUUUCCAAUCAACCAGAUGCUUGACAUCUGGGCACUUGGCUGUCUUUUGUAUUUCCUGUGCUUCCGGGUGCAUCCGUUCGAGGACGCAUCGAAACUGAAGAUUCUCAAUAGAAAGUUCUCAUUUCCCGCCAAUGAUAAGAUUCAUGCGCCAUUCUGCGCUCUCAUCGACAGGAUGCUACAGUUGAAGCCGAAUGAUCGACCUACGAUCGACGACGUGAUCACCGUUCUCGAAAAGAUGGCCCUCGAUGCACGCAUUGAUCUCAGAACUCAAUUGGAUUUGUCACAGCUGGUCAGUGGGGCCGCUCACGAAAUUGAAAGCGUCUAUGUCAGCAGACAACCGGUGAACACCAUUGAGCAGUCUACCGGACCAAAUGAUUUCGGUUCCCCGGCCACCAAUGUGGGCUCGUUAAUUGGCUCGAUCAUGGGUCAAACAGAGACCACAAGUCGACCGGACCUCGAUCUAAGUUAUAUCACUUCCAGACUGAUUGUCAUGUCGUGUCCUGAUGAUGGGCUGGACUUGACUUAUCGCCAGAGCCUGGAGGAGCUGAAGCAGUUUCUGGAGCUGCAUCACCGCGAUCAUUACGCCGUGUAUAACUUGUCUGACAGGCAUUACAACGCGACAGUCUUUUCUGAUAGGGUAUCUGUAUGUCCGUUUGUAGAAAACCGGGCUCCCCCUUUGGAGCUGUUGUUAUCCCUGUGCAAAAACAUGUACCUCUGGCUGAAGCAAAAUCCAAAGAACGUGUGCGCUCUGCACUGUCCGAACGGAAAGGAGAAUUCGGCAACUGUGAUUUGUUCCUUUUUCGUCUUUUCCCACGCGGUAAACAGUGUAGAAAACGCGGUAAAGGCGUUUGCAGACAGGCGUUGCGAGCCGAAUUUGAGACCUUCUCAAGAAAGACCGUUUGAAAGUCUUGCUCGGCAGUUUGUUAUUCCGCUGAACGUCGAAGUCGAAGAAAACGUAUCUAUCAUCGUUUACCAUGCACGAUCCACAUUUGGAACCAAGGUGCAAGGAAAAAUCACGGCCAUCAAGAUGUUCCAGCUGCAGUUCCACUGCGGUUUCCUCAGUCCAUGUCCUUCCAGAAAGACAAUAGACUUUCCAUGUUCAGACCUCGAUUACGAGCCGGAAGAUGAGUGUCGGUUUCCGGCAGACUUCAGCUUGUCGCUUCUGUUAACGGUUUCCGAAAAGAAUCUUAACGAUGUUGUUGCUGCAGAUCAGGCCUUCAUUUUCGACAGGAGCCAUUAUGUUCCGAGUAUACUGUUUUCUUCUCAAGAAGAGUUCAGUUCCUUUAGGGACAACUUCUGUCCCCAACCACUGAGAGAAGUGCCUCUGGUGGAUAUGUUCGCUACUGCAAAUCGGAAGGCGUCGGUAAAUGGUAGGAAUGGCGAGUCAUAUCAGAACACCUUCUUUUCAACAUUAAGGUGGGAAGACAGGGACCAAUUGUUUUCUGACGCCACAAGCAAUGCGCCAGUUUCACAGCCAAGUCAGACUACCGUACCAGAAGAAGAACAGCCUGUGGAACCUAAGUUAACGACAGCUGUAGGAAACUUGCUGAAUUUGAGCAGUUUCGAUUCUGAUUCGUUCGUCAAAUCGCAGCCAGGUUCUGCCGCUGAUUCGGUUAAAACUGUGGAAGAAAUAAAGUCAGAAAAUUCUCAAAAAAGGGAAAACCUACGGUUGCCACUGGUAGUCGAAGGAGUAAAUGAUUUUUCAGAGCAGUUAUUUACCAGUGACGUCAACAUUCCACCAGCAGACAGCGAAAGGUUGCUAGGAACAGCGGAUUCCUGCGCGAAGAGCGAUAAUGAUGAUUUGCUGAAAGAAUGGACACCCGCCACGCUGCUAGAACAACAUGCCGCCGAAGGAAGCAACCUUUCAAUUACGAACGCAUUCGUGCGUAACUUCAGCACCCCUGCUUUCACCGCUGACCGAAAUGAGGCAAAAUUGCUACCCCCGCAAUCAGCUGCAGACCCAUUCCAAGAAUUGGGCGGUUUGAUGAACAGCCAAUUCUUCUCAAACGACCAAAAUCGUCCGACGGCCGUUGUUGGCGCCGCUUCUGAACGCAAAAAGCCUAUGAUUCAUCGUGGAUUGUCUUCCAGCUCUUCGAACUUGACGGAGAUCUAUUCUUCCUACGGUGAUUCUGAUGCUUCGACAUUUAAAGCGCAAACCACCGUUCAUGCGAAGACCCCAACAUUUACCCACGCACCGUUUCCUCAUUACAACAACGAGUCUUGGUCGUCAUUUGUAGGCAAGACCAAGAUCGACAGCGAUGCGUUCAACGAUCUGCUUGAUUUCCAGGGUUUUAAGGUGAAUAACAGCUGCAAGGGAAAUGUGUCACUGGCUUCUAUGAAGCACGAACUUCAGCUGACCACGAUGAGUCCCGAUGAAUUAAAGGUUCACGAAUGGACCGAAGGCAAAAGAAGAAACAUCCGCGGUCUGCUUUGUUCACUGCACACGAUUCUUUGGCCAGAGAACACAAAGUGGGAGCAGGUCAGCAUGAGUCAGUUGCUGACCGCUGCUCAAGUUAAGAAAUUUUAUCGCAAAGCGUGCCUUGCUGUUCACCCGGACAAGGUACUAACAUAUGUUUUGUUUGUUUGCACUUUUUGUACGCGUUGGGGUGCCUCAUUAGCCAUAACGGCAACUGAAGUUUUCAGUUCACUUGCAGAGAUGACGUAUAUUAUGUGCUAUGAAAUUAUGAUACUCUUCCUAAGUGUCUCUCAUGCGGUUGAUGAUGGGUAUCAGCGUGUGAUAAAAUAUCAACAUUUCUAAGC